AUGUGGAACGUAUCCCUCCUCGCUCAUACCCUCUUAUUCGCCCUCGUCUCUCCCGUCUUCUCUAGCGGCCCGCUACACACCUCCGGCCGAUGGAUCCUAGACCCGAACCAACAACGCGUCAAGCUCCGCUGCGUGAACUGGGCCGGGCACAUGGAGGUGAACAUCCCCGAAGGCCUGCACCGCCAACCCAUCGACACCAUCGCCGCCUGGAUCGCCUCCAACAACUUCAACUGCGUCCGGCUCACCUACUCCAUCGACAUGGCCCUCAACCCCACCCAGAGCGUCCGGGACGCGUUCACCGCCGCCGCUUCUCCCGCCGGGGUCAGGCAGGCCGCGAUGCAGGCGCUGUACACCCAGGCGGUGGGGAGGAACCCGUUCUUGGCGAGCGCGACCACGAGAGAGGUGUUCGGGAGGGUCAUCGAUGCGCUAGGAAGCAGGGGCGUACAUGUGGUACUCGACAAUCACGUAUCGAGGGCGAGCUGGUGCUGCGGCCUCACGGACGGGAAUGGGUGGUGGGACCAGGCGUCGGGGUACAACGCGGAGAACUCGCGGUAUUUCGACACUAACAAGUGGCUUGCGGGGCUCUCCGCCAUGGCGAGCUUCGCGAGAUCGCAUCCGGCGGUGGUGGGCAUGGCCCUGCGCAACGAGCUGCGCACCUCCCAGCAGCAGGUGCCGGGCGAAGAUAGCGCGUGGCGCCGGUUCGUCACGCAGGGCGCGAGCGCCGUGCACGCUGCGAACAAUGAUCUGCUGAUCGUCAUCGGCGGGGUGGGCUACGCCACGGACCUGCGCACGCUGUACUCGAACCCCCUCGACACCUCCCCCUGGGACGGGGCGAACCGCACUGUCUGGGAGUUCCACGCCUACUCGUGGUCCUUCUCCAAUUCGGGCUCAUGCAGCGUCGCCUCCACCCGCUACGGCGACUACGCUGGGUUCCUCCUCGCUCAGAAUCGGCCCUACACGGGGCCGUUAUGGCUCAGUGAGUUCGGCGUGGGCAUGACCGGCGGUCCGUCGGCGAACCAGGGGCUAAGCAACGCAGAUUACAAUUACUUGAGGUGCCUGGUGCAGUAUCUAGAAGGGAACGAUGCGGAAUGGGCGGUGUGGGCGCUGCAGGGGAGCUAUUAUGUGAGGAAUCAGGUGGUGGAUUAUGAUGAGAGCUUUGGGUUGUUGACGAGGGAUUGGAGCGCGUGGCGGAAUCCGGCAUUUCCUGGGAUGUUGGGCGGGAUGUGGAGAGUGACGCAGGGGCCGUGA